AUGGCGAUCAUAAUGCACGGUGACGCCGCGUUCGCCGGCCAGGGCGUGGUCUACGAGACGACACACAUCGGCCAGCUGCCCAACUUCACCACCCACGGCAGCAUCCACAUCGUCGUCAACAACCAGAUCGGGUACACAACGGAUCCUAGGUUCGCUAGGGGCUCGCCUUACUGCACAGACGUGGCGAAAUGCGUGGACGCGCCGAUCCUGCACGUGAACGGCGACGACGCCGAGGCGGUGGCGCACGUGGCGCGCGUCGCGAUCGAGUACCGGUGCCGUUUCAAGAGGGACGUGGUGCUCGACCUGGUGUGCUACCGCCGCUUCGGCCACAGCGAGGAGGACGAGCCGAUGUUCACGCAGCCCUUCAUGUACAAGAAGAUCAAGACGAUGCAGACCGUUGACAAGAUAUACGCGGAAAAGGUGAAGGCGGAAGGUGUGGUCACCGACAGCGAGAUCAAGAAAUGGGAGAAGGAGUACAUGGACACGCUGAACGAGCACUUUGAGCUCGCGAAGAAGGUGACCAAGCUUAGCAUCAUGGCCUGGAUCGACACACCUUGGACCGGUUUCUUCGAAGCAAGGGAUCCCAAAAAGGUGGAAGAAACUGGUAUUAGUGAGGUGUCCCUGAUGACCAUCGCCAAUCACUUCUGCAAACCGCCCGAGAAGUGGGCAUUCGAAAUUCACAAAGGCAUCCACAGAAUAUUGGAUAAUCGGUCGAAGAUGGUGAAGGAGGGAAUUGCCGAUUGGGCAAUGGGUGAAGCCCUGGCAUACGGCUCCCUCCUCCGGGACCAGGUUCAUAUCCGGCUGACCGGCGAAGACGUUGAGAGGGGCACGAUGGCGCACAGACACCACGUGUAUCACCACCAGGGCGUAGAUGGCGCCACCUACCGUGUUCUUGACACCAUUUACCCUGAUCAGGCCAAGUACUCGCUUCACAACAGCUCCUUGUCGGAGUUUGGCAUCCUCGGUUUCGAGACCGGCUACUCGUACUACAGCCCCAACCAAUUGUCCAUCUGGGAGGCGCAGUACGGCGACUUCGCGGACACCGCCCAGCCGAUCUUCGACACGUUCACCUGCAACGGCGAGAGCAAGUGGAUCUGCCAGUCGGGCAUCGUCAUCGCUCUGCCGCACGGCAUCGACGGGGCGGGUCCAGAACACUCGUCCGCCAGGAUCGAACGUUACCUAACUCAGUGCGAUGACGAUGAGGACAAUAUACCGGACUUGGAUGACAAAAAUAUGGUCUUGAAGCAACUGAAGGCGGCCAACUGGUUCGUCUGCAACGUCACCAACCCGGCGAACUACUUCCACCUGCUGCGGCGGCAGAUAGCGCUGCCGUUCCGCAAGCCGCUCGUCCUGUGCACGCCCAAGGUGGGCCUGAAGCACCCCUACUACAGGUCCCCCUUCAAGGACUUCCUGUUCGGCACAAGCUUCCAGAGGGCUAUUCCGGAGGCCGGGCCGGCCUCCAAGAACCCAGGCGGCGUGAAGAAGCUCAUCUUCUGCUCCGGCAAGGUGGCCAUUACCAUCGACGAGCUUCUUAAGGAGAAGAAACUUCAGGACAAGGUGGCGAUGUGCCGCAUAGAGCAGCUCUACCCGUUCCCCUACGACAUCGUGCUGAAGGAGUUCUGCAAGUACCCGAAGGCGAGGGUGGCGUUCUGCCAGGAGGAGCACAAGAACCAGGGGCCCUGGUUGUACUGCAAGGUCAGGAUGGAGAACCUCUUCGGGAAGAAGAUCGAG